UAGCAGCACACAGUGAUCCUCACGUCUGUCUCUACUCUACUGCCUGACACACAGUGGUGCCUCGCAUUUCCAGGAGGCUUAAUUUGAAAGUCAAGAUUGAGCCGAUCACUAAAGAUAUGGAAGGGAAUGAAAAUGGCCAGGCACAAGGCACCGGUGCAGUAGCUGGAGUCUUCCUGGAGAAGACAAAGCAGAAGAUAACAAUAUAUCAGGCCAUGAAGAAACGUCUACUGAAGCCUGGCACAGCAUUGGCCCUGUUGGAGGCCCAGGCUGCCACUGAGGGAAUCAUAGACCUUAUCAACAACCGGAAACUUCCAGUAGAAGAAGCUGUCAAGGAAGGAAUAAUUGGACCUGAGAUGAGAGAAAAACUCCUUGUUGCUGAGAGAGCCAUUGAUGGUUACAUAGAUCCUUAUACAAAUGAAAAAAUGUCUGUAUUCCAAGCCAUACAAAAGGAUGUGAUUCCAAAAAAUUACGGAUCCCGGUUGCUUGAGGCACAGAUAUCCACAAAAGGCCUAUUUGACCCAGUUGAAAAAAAACAUGUUUCAGUGUACUCAGCGAUUGAGAAGGGACACUAUGAAAAAGGUUUACUCUCUGACCAGAUGGAAGACCUCAAAGUUUUCUAUGAUCCAAACUCACAAGAAAAUCUUAACUACUCACAUCUGAUAGAGAAAUGCAUAGUGGAUCCUGACACUGGCUUACUGCUGCUCCCAGUAUGCAUCACCUUCAAAGGCCUGCGAAGGGGGGUGUCCUCCACUGAGCUCCUGGCAGCAAACAUCAUUGACAAAGAGACCUAUGACGACUUGCAGGAAGGCAAAACAACCACUCAGGAUGUGAUGCUCAUGGAGACUGUGAAAGAGUACCUGGAAGGUAAAGGAGGUAUCUCUGGUGUAGCUAUGCUCUCGUCCAAUCAGAGAAUGAGUAUCUAUCAAGCCAUGAAGCAGGGCAUUCUUAUGCCUGGAACAGCUCUAGUUCUUCUUGAGGCACAGGCUGCCACUGGUUUUAUGAUUGACCCUGUUCAGAACAAGAAAUUCAGCGUGGACGAGGCUAUUAAAAACAAAGUUGUGGGCCCUGACUACCAUGCUAAACUGCUUUCGGCUGAGCGGGCAGUCACAGGAUACAAAGACCCCUACACAAGUGAAACAAUAUCCCUGUUUCAGGCAUUGUCAAAGGACCUAAUCGUGAAGGAGCAUGGAAUUCGCUUACUGGAAGCUCAAAUCGCCACAGGAGGAAUAAUUGAUCCCAUCAACAGUCACCGACUUCCUGUGGAUGUGGCCUACAAGCGAGGUUUCUUUGAUGAAAACAUGAAUGCAAUACUUGCAGACUCAGGAGAUGACACCAAAGGAUUCUUUGAUCCAAACACAAAGGAAAAUCUGACAUACCUUCAGCUGAUGGGACGAUGUGUCAUCGACCCAGCCACUGGACUCUGCCUGCUUCCUCUUAUGGAACAGUCAGGUGGUCGGAAUCAUAAUUUCAUCGACUAUCAAACCAAACUUAACUUCAAAGAAGUGAGAGUGAGUGUGACUUGUGGGAAGUACAUGGGAAUGAUUGUAUCCCUUUGGGAAUUGCUGAUGUCAGAAUACUUCAACGAACAUCAGAGGCAAGACAUCAUUCGGCAAUACACACAGGGACACCUUACAAUAAAGAUGAUGAUCAGAAAAAUUAUGGAGGUUAUAGAGCAAUCAGUGAAAAGAACCAACGUCGUAUUUGAAGGAAUCCGGGAGACUGUCACAGCAAAGCAGCUGGUAGAGGCAGAUAUCAUUAGUGAGAAUAUCCUGGAGGAACUCAACAAGGGGAAGAAGACAGUGAAGGAGGUCACAGAGGAUGAAACUGUUCAAAUGUACUUACAAGGGAAAGUCAGCAUUGCAGGUGUUUUGCUUCCUGAUUCUCAGAUCAUGACAAUCUACCAGGCCAGACAAAAGGGAAAGCUAAUGCCAGGAACUGCACUGAUUCUACUGGAAGCUCAAGCAGCAACAGGCUUCAUCAUUGACCCUAUUGCCAAUAGAAAGUUUUCAGUGGAUGAGGCAGUGAAGGCAAACAUAGUGGGACCUGACCUUCAUGGAAAGCUGCGUUCAGCGGAAAAAGCAGUGACUGGUUACAAAGAUCCAUACACUGGCAAAACCAUCUCUCUGUUCCAAGCCAUGCAGAAAGACCUCAUCUUACAAGACCAUGGAAUUCGUCUGCUGGAGGCACAGAUUGCCACUGGAGGAAUCAUUGACCCUCUUAACAGCCAUCGUAUUCCUGUCCAUGUAGCAUACAAGAGGGGAUAUUUCAAUGAGGAAAUGAAUCAGAUUCUUGAUGAUCCAAGUGAUGACACUAAGGGCUUCUUUGACCCCAACACCCAUGAAAACCUCACAUACCUGAAGCUCAUGGCUAGGUGUGUCACUGAUCCAAGCACAGGCCUUUGUCUUCUGCCCCUCAAAGGCAAAAGCAACAGAGUCAACAUACAAGAUCACAUAAAGGAGACAUUCCAAGCUACAAAUGUCACUGUUAAGUAUGGCAGGUUCAGCUGCAAGCAUGUAACACUCUGGGAUCUCAUCAACUCUGAAUAUCUGUGUGAGGACAAAAGGCAGGAGUUAUUCAAACUGUACAAGUCAAGGAUGAUCACAAUCAAGGAAAUCAUUGUAAUUAUCCUGGAAAUCAUUGAAUGCAAGGAGAUAAAGUGGCAAGCUGGUCUUAACUUUGAGGGUCUGAGGGGGAAUGUUUCUGUUGUGGACCUUUUGAGGUUGGAAAUUGUGGAUGAAAAGACAUACAAAAGUCUGAUUGAAGGGAAACUGACCAACAAGGAUAUACUGAAGAUAGACACAGUUAGAACCUAUCUGAAAGGAAACAGCUGUGUAGCCGGGGUGAUACUCCAACCCUCCAGUCAAAAACUGAGCAUCUAUGAGGCCAAGAAAAAGGGCAUCCUGACUCCUGGUACUGCGCUAUCUCUUCUGGAAGCACAAGCUGCCACAGGCUUUAUCAUUGACCCUCUCCAUAACCAGAAACUGACUGUGGAUCAUGCUCUGAAAGAGAAGAUAAUUGGCCCAGAACUGUACGAAAAGCUCUUAUCAGCAGAGAAGGCAGUAACUGGCUACACAGACCCCUACACUGACAAAAAGAUCUCACUCUUUCAAGCCAUGAAGAAAGAUCUGAUCCUGCAGCAGCAUGGCAUUCGUUUACUUGAAGCCCAGAUUGCAACAGGUGGCAUCAUUGACCCAUUGAAGUGUCUGCAUUUGCCCCUUGAAGUUGCUUACAGAAAGGGAUACUUUGAUGUAGAGCUUAAUCAAAUCCUGACAGAUCCCAGCGAUGACACCAAGGGAUUUUUUGACCCAAGGACACAAGCAAACUUGACCUACAUGGAAAUGAUGGAGCAGUGCAUAAAGGACCCAGAGACGGGUCUGUUUCUUCUGCCACUGAUGGACAAAACUAAAACACAGGAUGAAACUGAAAAAAUUGACUCAGAUGCUGAGAUCAAACAGGAGUUUGAAAAGACAACUGUUAGCAUAUCAGUAGGGCGUUAUUCAGGAAAGACGGUCUCUCUUUGGUAUUUGAUUCACUCUGGAUACUUUACUGAUGAUCAGAGACUCCAGUUCCUUGAAAAAUACAGAACAAAGAAGAUAACCAUACAAGUAAUAAUCACUUUGGUCAUUUCCACCAUUACAAAAUUGGAAGAGAACAAAACUCUGAAAACAACAAUAGGUUUGAGAAAGCCGGUCUCUGCAAAACAACUAUUGAAAUCAAGCAUAAUCGAUGCCAAUACCUUCAGGAGUUUGGAGGAAGGAAAAGUAACUCUUGAACAAGUGACCAAACUGGAAUCUGUGAAACAAUACCUAAGGGGUACAGGAAGUGUUGCUGGCGUCCAGAUUCUUCCAUCCAAAAAAGUAAUGAGCAUUUAUGAAGCAAAGACACAAGGUUUGCUAACACCUGGUACUGCACUGAAACUGCUUGAGGCUCAGGCUGCAACAGGGUUUGUCAUCGAUCCAAUCAAGAACAAAUAUUUAUCUGUUGAUGAGGCCGCAAGAGAACGACUAAUUGGACUAGAAAUACAUGAAAAACUACUCUCAGCUGAACGAGCAGUCACUGGAUAUGUAGAUCCAUACACAGAUGACACAAUAUCUUUAUUUGAAGCCAUGAAAAAAGAUCUGAUCGAGAAAGGCCAUGGGAUACAUCUGCUAGAAGCACAAAUUGCAACAGGGGGAAUAAUUGACCCAGUCAACAGCUACAGGAUACCUUCUCAUGUCGCCAAGAAAAAUGGCUACCUUGAUGAAGAAACAAGUGAAGUAAUGUCUAAUCCAAAUGAUGACACAAAAGGAUUCUUUGACCCCAGCACCAAGGAAAACCUAACAUACCUUCAGUUAAGAGAGAGAUGUGAAAAGGAUUCUCAUACAGGACUUUUACUCCUACCAUUACAUGUAGAAGCUGGAGGUGACUUUCACACAGAUGAACAAACAGAGCAGGAAUUCAAAGACAAAAUUGUGGUGAUCAAUGCAGGUAUAUUUGAAGACAAACAGGUGUCAAUGUGGGAUGUGUUAAUCUCUGAAUACAUUUCAAAACUGAAGAGAGAGCAGCUCUUGAAACAGUACAAGACAAGAUCAUUGACAAUGAAAGAGAUAAUAGAAAUAGUCAUCAUAAUAAUACAGGAAGUGACAUCAAAAAAAAUAAAGUUCAAAGGACUGAGGAAGCAGGUAUCAGCAAGUGAGCUUUAUGAGUCACAAAUCAUAUCAAAGGAACUCUUCACACAGAUUAUCCAUGGAGAAGUUACUGAAGAGACAGUAGGGGAAAUGGAAUCUAUUCAAAAGUACCUUGGGGCAACAAAUUCCGUUGCAGGAGUAAGAAUUGAAUCCACCAAAGAGAUAAUGAGCAUCUAUGAGGCCAAAUCCAAAGGUCUUCUAACUCCUGGAACCUCUCUGGUUCUGCUGGAGGCUCAAGCUGCCACUGGAUUUGUCAUUGACCCAGUGAAGAACAAGAAGCUCUCUGUAGAAGAGGCAGCCGCUCAAGGUGUGGUUGGGAACGAGUGGAAGAACAAACUGCUUUCAGCAGAGAGGGCAGUCACUGGAUACAAGGAUCCCUACACAGGGAACACAAUUUCCUUGUUCCAGGCCUUGAAAAAGGAUCUAAUUGUCAAGGACCAUGGAAUUCGCCUUCUUGAGGCACAGAUUGCAACUGGUGGAAUCAUCGAUCCAGUGUACAGUCAUAGAGUGCCAGUAGAGGUGGCGUACCAGCGAGGAUACUUUGAUGAGGAAAUGAACCAGAUCCUCGAUGACCCUGACGAUGACACCAAGGGCUUUUUUGACCCCAACACACAAGAGAACCUCACCUACCUGCAGCUUGUGGAGAGGUGUGUGACAGACCCAGAUACUGGCCUUAGCUUACUUGUAAUUGUCAAAAAAGGAGAGUUUUACUUCUUCAUUGAUGAGCAAACCAAGAACAUUCUAAAGGCUAUGACAACAACUAAGGCCGGGGGCAAAUUUCAAGGACAGAAAGUGUCUCUAUGGGAUCUCCUCUACUCAAAAUACAUCACAGAGGAGAGAAGGAGAGAGCUUGUGCAGCAGUAUAAAUCCGGAGCAAUCACUAUUGAACGCUUCAUGGAGAUUAUCCUAGCAAGUAUUCAACAAAAGACUACCACCACAAUAACCACAACAUCUUCAGUGUCAACAUGUACACCACCCCCUGACACAAAGUCAGAGAAAACAACCAUUACCACAACAACAACAGAGACAAGCUUCCAUGGUAUCAGGAAGAAUGUCACUGCUGGCGAGCUGCUUGCCUCAAAAAUUAUUGACAAGAAACUCUAUGAAGACCUCAACACAGGAAAAGUCACAGUGAACCAAGUGAGUGAAAUGGACUCAGUACACAAGUACUUGGAGGGAACUAAUAGCAUUGCAGGUGUAUAUGUUCAGUCCACCAAACAGACCAUGAGCAUCUACGAGGCCAAAUCCAAAGGUCUUCUAACUCCUGGAACCUCUCUGGUUCUGCUGGAGGCUCAAGCUGCCACUGGAUUUGUCAUUGACCCAGUGAAGAACAAGAAGCUCUCUGUAGAAGAGGCAGCCGCUCAAGGUGUGGUUGGGAACGAGUGGAAGAACAAACUGCUUUCAGCAGAGAGGGCAGUCACUGGAUACAAGGAUCCCUACACAGGGAACACAAUUUCCUUGUUCCAGGCCUUGAAAAAGGAUCUAAUUGUCAAGGACCAUGGAAUUCGCCUUCUUGAGGCACAGAUUGCAACUGGUGGAAUCAUCGAUCCAGUGUACAGUCAUAGAGUGCCAGUAGAGGUGGCGUACCAGAGAGGAUACUUUGAUGAGGAAAUGAACCAGAUCCUCGAUGACCCUGACGAUGACACCAAGGGCUUUUUUGACCCCAACACACAAGAGAACCUCACCUACCUGCAGCUUGUGGAGAGGUGUGUGACAGACCCAGAUACUGGCCUUAGCUUACUUGUAAUUGUCAAAAAGGAGAGUUUUACUUCUUCAUUGAUGAGCAAACCAAGAACAUUCUAAAGGCUAUGACAACAACUAAGGCCGGGGGCAAAUUUCAAGGACAGAAAGUGUCUCUAUGGGAUCUCCUCUACUCAAAAUACAUCACAGAGGAGAGAAGGAGAGAGCUUGUGCAGCAGUAUAAAUCCGGAGCAAUCACUAUUGAACGCUUCAUGGAGAUUAUCCUAGCAAGUAUUCAACAAAAGACUACCACCACAAUAACCACAACAUCUUCAGUGUCAACAUGUACACCACCCCCUGACACAAAGUCAGAGAAAACAACCAUUACCACAACAACAACAGAGACAAGCUUCCAUGGUAUCAGGAAGAAUGUCACUGCUGGCGAGCUGCUUGCCUCAAAAAUUAUUGACAAGAAACUCUAUGAAGACCUCAACACAGGAAAAGUCACAGUGAACCAAGUGAGUGAAAUGGACUCAGUACACAAGUACUUGGAGGGAACUAAUAGCAUUGCAGGUGUAUAUGUUCAGUCCACCAAACAGACCAUGAGCAUCUACGAGGCCAAAUCCAAAGGUCUUCUAACUCCUGGAACCUCUCUGGUUCUGCUGGAGGCUCAAGCUGCCACUGGAUUUGUCAUUGACCCAGUGAAGAACAAGAAGCUCUCUGUAGAAGAGGCAGCCGCUCAAGGUGUGGUUGGGAACGAGUGGAAGAACAAACUGCUUUCAGCAGAGAGGGCAGUCACUGGAUACAAGGAUCCCUACACAGGGAACACAAUUUCCUUGUUCCAGGCCUUGAAAAAGGAUCUAAUUGUCAAGGACCAUGGAAUUCGCCUUCUUGAGGCACAGAUUGCAACUGGUGGAAUCAUCGAUCCAGUGUACAGUCAUAGAGU